GAGCGCUCUCUGGGUAAGUUGGUUGUCCGCAGAAGUUCUGCCCCGGACACUGCAGUGACAGUGGACUCAGGUCAGGCAGACUAGCGGGAUCAGGACCCUGGCUCUGAGGAUGGCAGGUGGAGGCCGUGACCUGAGCAUCAGGGUGGACACAGACAGCCAGGACAUCAACGACAAAACACUAAAAGAGAAGUUUUUAACUAGGCUUGCUUUGAGGCACUUUAGAGAAAAUAAGGUGGAGAUUGCAGAUGCAAUAACACAGCCAUUUCCUUUCCUCAUGAGCCUCCGAGACCGUGACCUCAUCUCAGAGCAGAGGUUUGAAAAUGCUCUAGAAGCUUGUAGAAACCUGGUUCCAGUGCCAAGAGUGAUGUACAAUGUCCUCAGUGACCUGGAGAAGAUGUUUGAUGUGUUCCUUCUGGAAACAUUGUUCAGCAGGGUUAACCUGAAGGCCUAUCCUAAUUUAAAUGAUAUUUUCAGAAGCUUCCGAAAUGUGGUCCCAGACCAAUCAUAUUUACAAGGAAGUGAUGAACAAGAGAGAUUGGAGGGACCCAGUAGCCAACUAAGCCUUCAACAAGGUAAUAACAACAGAAGAGAACUUUUCUGUCUGCCAAGAGGAAAAGGGACCUGA